AUGGAUUUACCAUUAGAUGAAUUAUUUAAAAGGGUUCAGAAUUCAAUUCAACAAAAUAAUAACAAAACUACCGAUGUUGAUUUAAUUACAAAAGAAACUGGAUUACCUAAACAAUUUGUUAAUUAUGUUAUCGAAUCUGUUAUUCUUCAUUAUAAUGAUAUUGAACUUCUAAAACACAUGGUUAUUUUUGUUGCUGAAAAAUGUAAAAAAGAAGGGAUCGAUAUAAAUUCAACCAUUACUCCAACAUUUUUAAAGAAAAUUGAGCCAAUUUGCAGAACACUCAAAGAAGAUUCGGCAUUCUUUCCUGAUUAUAAAGACGACAAUAGAGAUACUUCUUUAGAUUUUCCAUUGCUAACUCGUUUUGCAAUUGUGGCGACUUAUUGUGCUAGUUAUAAUCCGGCAGUGACUGAUCAACGUUUCUUUUUUAAGGCUGAUAUUUCAUCCAAACGCCGCAAAGGUUCAGGGAAGAAUUCAAAAGAAAAGUUUCACGAGAAAGGUCCACGUGCAUUCGAACAUCAACGAGCUCUCUUCAUUUUUCUCUUUUUUUGUAAAAAUUUUGAAGAAGCUUUUGAGGAUUUUGGCGCUGAUUUUCGAAUCGAUUUUACUUCACAGAUAAACCAUUUGGUCGAUGUUGGUCUACUCAGAAUUGUCAGUGCAGCAGAAAAUCUGGAUUUGCCUCAAUAUCUUUCAUUAUGUGGAUUAGAUUUUGCAAAAAGGAUAGCUCGUUCAAUUUCUGAGGAAUUUAAACUAGAAAAUUAUUUGUGGGAUUUUGUUAGUGAUUUUUAA